AUGACAAUCAUCAUAUCUCGAUCCCUCAUUCCCUCGUGCUGCUCAACACUCGCAAGCUCUUCUCGCCUCUUUACUCGCUCACUAGCCUCUCACGCUUAUAUGGCCCCUUCCCCUUCGCCCUCAUCAUCAUCCUCGCCGACUUCAUCUCUACCUAUAGAAGCUACCACGACGACCCCCACGGAUUUGACGGACGAGCAGAGGAGGUUGAUCGACUCGAUCAUCCGUGUGGAUCAGGCUGGGGAAUUGGGGGCGAAUUGGAUAUAUAGGGGUCAGAAAUGGGCUAUGGACGUUAAAGGGGACAAAGAAACGGCCAAACAGGUUGAAGAAAUGUGGGAGAAUGAACGACAUCAUCUUACGAUCUUAUCCCAUCUUCAAACUCAACAUCGAGCUAGACCAACGAUGUUAUACCCUCUGUGGCAAGCUAUGGCUUUUGGUCUUGGAGCAAGUACUGGCUUAUUGUCGAAGGAGGCCGCUAUGGCUUGUACCGAGGCGGUGGAAACUGUUAUAGGUGAACAUUAUGAUGACCAGCUUAAAGCACUUCAACCUCUACUCAACCCUACCGAUCCCUCAUCCCCGGCACCCCACCCCUCACUCCCACUGAUGGCUGACAUCCUCAAAGAAUUCAGAGACGAUGAAUUGGAACAUCUUGAUACCGCCGUCGAGGAAGGUGCACAGAAAGCUCCGGGACACAGUUUGUUAUCCGCCAUCAUUGGAGUGGGAUGUAAAGUGGCGAUCAAAGUUUGUGAGAAGGUUUAA